CUUCUUUAAGCAAAAUCCAUUAAAAGCUUUGCUCAAUUUUCUUGCAAGUAACAUUAGCAAAAAUGGAAAUCCAAAUCGUUUCUGAAGAAAUCAUCAAGCCAUCUUCACCAACACCAAGCCAUUUAAGAACUCAUAAACUUUGCCUUCUGGAGCAACUGGUUCCUCCCCAUGUUCACUUCCCCUUCAUUUUCUUUUACUCACGAGCAACCAAAGAUCCCAUCGAAACUUCCGCUGGACUCAAACACUCCCUCUCACAAACGUUGACUCACUACUACCCUUUUGCAGGGCGAUUGAAAGAUCGUUCUUUUAUUGAUUGUGAUGAUUCUGGUGCCACAUUUAUUGAAGCUCAAGUAGCUGGGAACAUGUCUGAGGUGCUUAAACAACCGGAGAUGGAUUUGCUAGAGCAGCUGCUACCAUUCAAACUGGAUGAAAAGUUGAGUACUUUAGUGGUUGUUCAGGUGAGUUACUUUGGCUGUGGCGGCUUGGCCAUUGGUGUUUGUUUUAGUCAUGUUGUUGCUGAUGCAACAGCUGCGGCAAACUUUGUUAAUAACUGGGCUGCAGUUGCUUCUUUUGGUUCCAUUAAUGUUGAAGAUUUAAUUUUUGAUUGCACCUCAAUCUUCCCUCCGCAAGAUGUAUUAGGCUUAACCGACAGUCUCUGCGAAAAACAUGUUUCCUAUGAAGAAGUUAUAACUAAAAGGUUUAUGUUUGAUGCCACUAAGAUUGCUGCUUUGAGAGAAGAAAUAGGCAAUGUAGGAAGUUUGGAUUGUCCAACGAGAGUUGAGGCUGUGUCAACGCUUAUUUUGAGUGCUGUGAUAGCUGCUGCGGCAAGAGAAACAAAUGAGUUGACUUCUUCAUUUUUGGCAGCUUCAAUUCCUGUGAAUCUGAGAAAGAGAAUGAAUCCACCUUUGCCAGAAGAAUGUAUUGGUAACAUCUGCACAACAACAACAGUAAUGUGUCCAAUGAAUCAGAGAAUUGACUAUAAGAGUUUAGCGAAAAAGGUUCACGAAUCCAUAAGGAUGAUGGAUGAUAAGUUUGUGAGGAAUGUUUAUGGAGGUGGCGAGUUCUUGAAUUUCUUGAAGAAUGCAGUUGAAGGGUUAUCUAAGAACAGGUUAUUUUGGAAUAGUAGUUGGUGUAAACUUCCAUUAUAUGAAGCUGAUUUUGGCUGGGGAAAGCCCAAAUGGGUAGCCACUAUUCUGAGAGAUGAUAAAGUUGCAAUGCUCUUGGACACUUGCGAUGGUGAAGGAAUAGAAGUAUGGAUGGGAUUGUCCAAGGAAGACAUGGCCAAAUUUGAGCAAGAUCCUGGCAUCCUUGCUUAUUCUUCUGUUAGUCCAAGUCCCUUUUGAGAUUUGAAUAAUGGGAAUUUUUUU